CUUCAAGAGGCCAACAGCAAUGACUACAGCAUGCGAUGGGAAGAUACAUUCACAAUGACAACUUUUACUCGGGCCCACAGCCUUGCCCAAUCCUCCCUCCAGCCCCCCUGCCCGUCACAGCCCUGCCCGGGCCGGCCUCUCCAUCCAGGCAGCAUAUAUGAGCAGCAGCCAAUCUCACAUGGAGACAAGAACCCAAUAAAGAGAUGCAGUUCCUGACAACUGCCCUCGCCAUCAUUCUUGUGUCUACAACAGCCUCCGCUAAGCCGAUUGGUUGGCCUCGGCAUUACGAUGCUGACAUCGCUGACAAUGACUUGACGCAGGGAUGGCUGGACGGGAACAACAGGUCUCCUGGAUCCUCUAGAUACAAAGACUCGUCUUCAGAGUCACGGGAGUCUUCGGAAUCUAGUGAAUCUUCAGAAAGUCGAUCUUCGGAGGAGUCUUCUGAGGAAGAUCUGUUCACAGAUCAGACCACACCGGUCGUGAUCGACACUGCCACGACAACCAUCGCGACGGUAGACGGGAGCACGUCCACCCCUGAACCAGACACAGUUACUACAGAUGAGUCAACUGUGAGAGUGACAUCUCCCACGCCAGCAACACCGGCCACACCCGUUGCCUCGACGUCACCUGGAUGUGUGACUCAUUGUUUCACCGUGGAGAUUCCGACGGCGGUUCCCAUCACAGAGAACAGAGGAGACAACUAACUAACCACGGUCCUAUUGAAACUGUGUCACUAUAGGGCCCACUAAUGAAAGCUCUUAUAUUUGCAGUGUUACAAACUGGGUGGCGACAUUACCGGGAAAAAUCCCAAGCAGCGCUCUCUGGGAAGUGAGAUCACACCUCCAAUUACCGUUUAUCAAUUCAAGAAGCAAAAGGUUGACAUAUAAGUACAGAUAGUCAGUGAGCCCAGUGUGAAAUAUGAGGGUCGUCUACAAUAACUAAAAAACAGUAUCUCUUUUAAAGACCACUAGCUGCUUCACAAAAAUAACCAAUUUAAGAAAGAUUCUGUGAUUCUGUGAUGAAUGAUACUUUAUUUUGUUAUAAAUGCAGGCCUACACUUUCAUUGUUUUUUUAAUUUUGACCAACAGAGUUUUAGCCAUCAAACGGUGACGCUGCAGAGCAACUUUCAUAGAGACCAUGAGGCAACACAUUUAUGCUUUAUAUAUGGUAACUUUACAUAAACAAAUCUGUGGCUCACUCAUGUUGACCUUUAAGUGGUAACUGAUCGGGAAAGUACAGGGAUGAUACUUUGGUGGAUUUAUUUCAGAGUGUAUUUACAUAUUUUACAACAGCAACAAAAAGUCUCCGUUCUGCAUGAAGCAUCCAGAGUAUGUAUCCCACAGCAGAGCGUUUAUAGACUCGGGAGGGUGCGUCCUGUUUUGUCUUAUUCAGCAUGUACACACAACAGACAAGCUGAGUUAUUGCCACAGCGGGUUGGUUUAAUUAUGGGUUGUGAAUUCAUAUUUUCCCAAAUUAAAUAUGAAGACUAUAUUCAAAUGUUGUUGUUUUCUUUGUUUUAACGUGUGUUGUACUUCAUUUUGUUGAACUGGAUCUACUGGGUGUGCAGGAUUG